GAUCCGCACGUUAACUACACACAUCCGGUUAAACAUUGUAUAGCAAAUACUUACCUAUUUACCUGUCCUAGUUGUUUUUGUGUUUAUAAAUAAAAAGGGUACUUGCGAACUCUUUAAGCAAGACUUGUAUUAACUGCUCUUUCAUUUUUUUAUUUUAAAUCACUAGUAAAAGUGCAAAAUUAUACUAAUAUUUUACAUUAUUUUGAAAACUACAAAUCGUGAACUAUGGUAAUGCAAGUGUUAUGCUGAAGCGAUUGAGUGGGAAGCGUUAUUUACCGAAAAUAUCAUACAAGAAUUCAGUUAAAAUUUCGUGCUACCCACAAAAAAAAAAAAAAAAAAAAAAUAAAAAAAAAACCAAGUGCUUGAAAAAGUUAAUAAGUGCGUUAAGUUUAUACUGUGCGUUGACUUGCUUAAAAUAUUAUUGAAAUAAGUUAUUCAUCUCACCUGCAAUUACAUCAUAAUUUGUUAAAUAUGGCACCUACUACUAUUAAAUGUGCAGGAUGUCGAAAUGUUAUAACAAGUAAGGAAUAUUUGAACUGUUCCAAUUGUAAACAGAAAUACGAUAUAGAAUGUGUCAAUAUUGCAUCCAAAUAUUUUUAUUCGAUGAGUAAAGAUAUUAAGAGUAUAUGGAAGUGCCCUGAAUGUCAGAAUAAAAUACCGAAAUCGGAUAAUUCUAAUACUCCAGUACGUUGUCCGCGCUCUGAUCUGCCAACGAGCCACGUGGUUAUGGAAAGUACAUCUACGAUUGACAAUAUUACAACUCGUUCAAAGAAACAGAGGCGCUCUUCAGAUAGCUCAGAUGAAGGAUGCCUUAUAACUGAGGACAAACUAAAACGGAUGUUGCAAAAAGAAUUGAAUAGUAUACUUAGAUCGACAAUUCGAGAGAUGAUAACAGAACAAUUAAACAAUAUUAAUCAACAAUUAACUAAUUAUCAAAAUUCAGUGAGCUUUUUAAACGAACAGUUUGAAGUCGUAAGGAAAGGGAUUGAAAACAACGUUACAACAAUCGCUAAACUUGAAAAGGAAAAUGCAGAAUUGAAAACUACUGCAAGAGAUCUAUCAUCAAGACUUUGUUUGGCUGAACAGCACCUUCGUGAGAGUAAUAUUGAGAUAGGGGGCUUAGUCGAGCACAGAUCUGAACAUCUCCCAAACACAGUGGUCCAAUUGGCAAAAAUCGUGGGCAGUCCUAUUGAGGACGUCGAUGUCAUGCAGGCGGUACGGGUAGCAAAAAUCAAUAAAAACAGUGAUAAACCUCGUAGUGUUGUCGCAAAAUUUCGUAGUCCACGAAUUCGUGACGCAAUCCUGGCUGCUGUUAUCAGAUACAACAAGGCAAAUCCUAAUGACAAGCUUAGUUCUCAACAUUUAGGCUUGGGUGGGCCUCGUGUCCCCAUAUUUAUAUCAGAACACCUGACCCCCUCAAAUAAGCAACUUCACGCUGCCACACGAAAAAAAGCUAAAGAUCUGGGAUACAGAUUUGUAUGGAUUCGUAACGGACGUAUUUAUGUCCGUAAAGAUGAGUCCUGCCAAGCACUUUUGGUGCGUAACUACGACAGCUUAAAUCUAAUGAUGUAACUUAUUAUUACUAUAUUAUUCUAAUAAACUUUCUGGUAAAUACGCUUCUCAACUUGCUAUAUUAUCUUUUGGAUUUUUUGUUUAUUUUUUUGUUUUGUGUUUUGUAUUUCUUUUUUUUUUAUGGAUAUAUAUUAUCAAAAUACUAGAGGUCUAAGAACCAAAGUAAAUGAAUUGUAUCAUAAUAUUUUGUUAUGUAAUUAUAAUGUAAUUGUAUUGACGGAGACUUGGUUAAAUUCUAACAUUCGCAGUGGGGAAAUAAUCGAUCAGCGAUACCAAGUGUAUCGUAGGGAUCGUGUGAUAGCUGCGGAGAGCUCGAAAAAAGAUGGUGGCGGUGUACUUAUUGCAGUGGAUAAAACUAUUAAAUCAAAUCGUAUGCAAAGCUGGGAAAGCGAUGUCGAAGAUAUGUGGAUUGUAAUGGAAAUUAUGAAAAAUAACUCAUUAAAGAAGGUCGCAGUCUGUGUGGUAUAUUUGCCUCCCCCGGUCAAAUUGGAAUCUCUCUCGAAUUUUCUGAACGGUGCUAGUGAUGUCUUGAAUCAGGUUGACGAUGUAAUAAUCCUAGGUGAUUUCAAUCUUGGUUUUGUUAGUUGGACCACUAAUUCAGAUAACACCCACUUGGUCCCCCAGAAUUAUCAAACACCAUUGGGGUAUGCUUUGACCGAUUUUAUCUCCAUAAAUUGUCUCCGGCAAGUCAAUGGCAUUUGUAACGAUGAAGGCAAGAUUUUGGAUCUUGUCCUUACAAAUAUAGAAAGUUCAAAUAGUGAAAUCUCGGAUAAUGUAUUGAGUAGGCUAGAUCCAAGACAUCCGUGUUUAAUGCUACAUAUAUCAUUUGGUAAAUCGGACAAGUUAGUUCCGAGGUAUCGUAAUACUUUUAACUUUUUUAAAGCAAAUUACACUGGAAUCGUUGGGGAACUGGGAGGGAUUGAUUGGCAGA